AUGGGAAACAUUCCUAAAUCAUUCAAUAUUAUUGGCACGGCCUCGACACGCCCCGACCACCUAGUGAAAGGGGACUCGGGAGUGGACGCUGCCCGCAUCCGAAACCGCAAUAACGCCGCUAACAUGCUCCGCUACCUAUGCGAGUUAUCAUCCCAGGCUCGGGGAGACGAGUACACGAGAAGGUCUUUCGACGGCGUGGCUCGCGUCCUUUCGGCCACAGUGACUCAACACCUCAUCACCAUCUCUGCCCAUUGGACUAUGGAACAGUCCAAUGAUGGGUUUUAUUACACCCAUCUCCUCAAGGACAUUGCCACUGAGAGGAUAACCCACGACCAGUGGAAUGAAGUAUCGGGGUGGUUGCAGAAUUCCAUCAAGUUUGUGGUGGAUAAGACAAGAGCUCAAGUGGGAGUUGAUCUGUAA